AUGAGUGCUUACGGAUCAGGAAAAGCAAAAGAUACUGAUUUCAGACGUACUUGGGAUAGAGAUGUGUAUGCAGCUAAAGCAAAAGAGCGUGAAGCUCGAGAUCGUAUGGCGGAAAUCAAUGAAGAGCGAAAAAAGCAAGGCUUACCCCCUCUAAAACCCAAAAAGGACCCAAAAGAUGAAGAAAAAAAGAAAGCACUAACACAUCGUGAAGGAAAAGUUGAUCUGGAAGCCAAUGUAGGUAAAAUCCAAGUUGUUCAGUCCAUCGAUUCAAGAAAACAACCUGGCUUUUAUUGUAAAGCUUGCGAUGUUACUAUUAAAGAUAGCGUAACGUAUCUUGAUCAUUUAAAUGGCAGAAAACAUCUCAGUAAUGUCGGUGUUUCCACUAAGGUUGAAAAAGCAGACUUGAAUGCAGUCAAAGAACGAUUGGCAAUGUUAAAAAGAAAAAGAGAAAAUCCUGAAAAGGAAGAAUACAGUAUGUAUUUUUGA